AUGAAAUAUAUGGCUGCUGUCCUUAUUCUAGCCGCCGUUGCCGUUGCUGCUCCAGUAGAGGUUGAGAAACGCAGCGACACCUGCACCAAUACGGCUAAUGUCGCUUGCUGCGAAAUCCCGGCUGUCCUCGGCAUUACUCUUCUCUGCGAUGCCCUGCAGCCAGGGCAGCAGUGCUCGGGUUAUUCUUACUGCUGCGAGAACGAGGGCGAUGGUGGUAUCAUCAAUGUGAACAUUCUCGACUGCACUCAGAUCUUCUAG